AUGAAUACUACGACCAGCUCUGUAGUUCUUCAAGAUUUUAGUCCUGGUCAAUUAAUAGCCGGAAUGCAAGUGUGUUCUGUCUUCUGGGCCUUCAUUUCUGCCUUUGGUAUUGUUGCAAAUGUAAUUAACAUCAGGACAUUCAUAGCCAUGGGCCUCACAGAUGGAAUGACUAUAUCAUUUCUAAUCUUAUCUAUAACCGACUUAAAGUUCUUGCUGGUCUCUAUGGCGCUUAGCUUCAGCACCGGUUUUUACGUCUUAGAGACAAUAUCUGACUUUUGGCAGCAAUGGAUACCGUAUAAUGUAGGGUUAUAUUUCGCGAACUUGAUUGUUCCACUCUCAGCAAUGACAUCACUUCAGACAAGCUUCAUCGCCAUAGCCAGGUGUCUGUGUGUAGCGGCGCCAUUUUAUUUUAAGGAUAUGCUCACUCGAAGGAUAACUCUGGUAAUCAUGGUUUCUUUCAUCCUGUUUUCAACAGCUGCGUACAUCCCAGUUUUUGCUUACAUGGGUGUGAUAGACAAAUUUGACCCUAAGCGUAAUAUGUCAAGGCCAACCGUCUGGGUGUCAGCCAGUCGGGAGCCCAUCAAAAAUAUUGUCUGGACGAUCCUAGCCAUGGUUAUCCCCCUUGCAUCGCAAGUUGUCGUUAUCAUUUCGCUUGUCGUCAUGGCAAUGGCUAUCAAAAAUUCCCACCAAUUUAGAAUGGCUUCGUCUUCAUUCACACCACAACCGAACAACAUAGAACAAACUGGUAAACCCGCCAUAAAAAGCGGGACCAAAAUCACAGACAAGCUUUACAAAUUAUCUGGCAAAGACAUGCAGAUCGUCCAGCAGGUGGCGCUGAUCUCCAUUUUGCACAUUAUCUGCCAGACGCCGAAAAUUAUGUUUAUCAUUGCUGGAAUCAUUCUCCCAGAAUUCAACUUCAACCGCGCGCUAUACAACGUAUAUUUAACAAUGAGUAACACAAGACUCAUAUUUGAGAUGAUCAACUCAGCCAUCACAUUGCCGAUUUAUUACAAAUUCAACUCUAAAUUUAGAAGAUUGGCUAAAUGUAUAUAA